AUGGCUGAACAUCCUUCCUUCACUCUUGCUGCCCUUCUGCCUGCAGGGGGCAUCGCUGGAUACCUGAAGACCCGCUCAGCGCCAUCUUUGAUCGCAGGUGUUGGUCUUGGAAUCUCAUAUGCAUACUCCGGCUAUUUGAUUAAAGAGAACCGUGACUACGGCACUGAACUUGCCUUGGGAAACAGUGUACUCUUGCUGGGAUCGGCAAUUCCCAGGAUUAUUAAAACUGGAGCUAAAGCCCCUGUACCUUUGGCACUCGGCGCCACUGGCAUGUUGGCGUCCUACUACUACCAGAAAAAGGUCAGAGAGUUCCGAUUCGGGGUUUAG